CUUUCACGUGAUUGGUCUCUGCAGCCGAGGCAGUGUUUUCAAUUUGCGGAACACGGAAAUGAGAGCUCGCCUUGGCUGCAGUUUUUUAGUUCAGUGAUGCAUAUUUAUACAAAUAUAUUUAUUAAUGAAAUGAAGUUAUUCAGUUCGCUCCUCGGAGCCGCCGUACUCCUCCUCGUCAGCCUCCCGGUGCUUCCAGCGGCUCGGCAGCCGCACGUCGUCUUCGUCCUGGCGGAUGACUUCGGCUGGUACGACGUCGGCUACCACAGCUCCGAGAUCAGAACCCCGAACCUGGACAAGCUGUCAGCCGGAGGGGUCCGCCUGGAGAACUACUAUGUGCAGCCUCUGUGCACCCCGUCCAGGAACCAGCUCAUGACGGGGAGGUACCAGAUCCACACAGGCAUGCAGCACCAGAUCAUCUGGCCCUGUCAGCCGUACUGCGUGCCUCUGGAUGAGAAACUGCUGCCCCAGCUGAUGAAGGAGGCGGGCUACGCCACGCACAUGGUGGGCAAGUGGCACUUGGGCAUGUACAAGAAGGACUGCCUCCCCACGCGCCGAGGCUUUGACACAUACUUUGGCUACCUGACAGGCAGCGAGGAUUAUUACAGCCAUGUCCGCUGUUAUCACAUCAAUCCUCUGAACCUGACCCACUGUGGGUUGGACCUGCGGGAAGGAGAGGAGGUCGCCACCGAAUACAAAGGACUCUACUCCACCGAGCUGUUCAGCCAGAGGGCCACCAGCCUCAUUGAGAAACACAACUCCACCAAGCCGCUCUUCCUCUACGUGGCGUUGCAAGCAGUCCAUGAACCGCUGCAGGUCCCGGAGCGCUACACGGCCCCCUACGGUUUCAUCAAAGACCACAACCGCAGGCUGUACGCCGGCAUGGUGUCGGCCAUGGACGAGGCUGUGGGCAACAUCACUCUGGCUUUGCAGCAGGAAGGACUCUGGGACAACACGGUGCUGGUGUUCUCGACAGAUAACGGAGGUCAAACACUAAGUGGUGGCAGCAACUGGCCACUGCGGGGAAGGAAGUGGUCACUGUGGGAAGGAGGGAUCCGGGGAGUCGGAUUCGUCGCCAGCCCGCUACUGAAGCGACCGGGGACCGUCAGCCGCGAACUCAUCCACAUCUCAGAUUGGCUGCCAACACUUGUAGUUGGCCUGGCGGGAGGGAGCACCGACCGCACGAAGCCGCUGGACGGAUUCAACGUGUGGAACACGAUCAGCAAAGGGUUCGCCUCACCCAGACUGGAGCUGCUGCACAACAUUGACCCUCUGUAUAAUGACAUCGCUCCAUGUCUUGGCAUGAAGCGUCAGUUAACUUUGGCUCAGGUGGGCAGCAGCGGACAAUCCCGGGCCAACUCCGGCUUCAAUGUGUCCAUUCACGCAGCCAUUCGAUCCUCAAACUGGAAGCUGCUGACUGGAUACCCAGGUUGUGACAUUUGGUUCCCCCGGCCCGGCCACAACAGCUCAGAGUCGAGGUCUUCGGACGUGGAUCCGCUGAACUCCGUAAUGCUGUACGACGUAGAAAAAGAUCCAGAGGAGAGGAACGAAGUGUCGGCACAGUACCCCACGGUCGUGGAUUAUCUCCUCAAUCGGCUUCACAAAUACCAGGAGAGCGCUUUGCCAAUAAACUUCCCUGAUGAUGACCCCAGAUGUGACCCAGGCCCCACUGGAGCCUGGGGACCCUGGGCUUAGAGGGCAAUGACAAUGAUGAAGCUUUGUUUACUGUGAAGAACAGGAAUCUCUUUUGUAAAGACGAAUGAAGUUUUAGAAACAGCUCAGCACGUAAUCAAUUCAGUCUAAAUUAAUUAAAGAAAAUAGAAUUUUUUAUUGUGACCAACUUUUUACUUUUUCACAAACUCAGUCGUUAAUCGACUGCCGUUAUUAUCGAUCCCUGUGUCUGAGCUUUAGGUUUAGUUAAAGUGAUUAUGUAAAGCUACACAUGUUGCUGAUUUGUAAAGAGGGGCCUCCCUGUUGUUUCAGGUAUUUGCACUUCAUUUAUCUACUGUUGAGAAUCAGCAGGCUCCUUGUCUGUGUCAAACAUGAAGCCGUGAAUAGAUUUUAACCUGAGAGAAAUAUAUUUUGAAGAUUUGUACAGAAGAGAGCAGCACGUUAGACGUGAAGAGUAAAUGUAUAUCAUGGGAAAUAAAGCCAAUGCUAAAGUGCCAAAAACUGCAGUUCCUCUAACGUCCACUUGAGGCUGGCUCCAGACGUGAGUCAGUCUCCAUAAGUCCCCAUGUUCAAAUGUCCAACUUGUUCAGAUUAUAUUAAGGCUUAAAGUUAUACUUCUGGAGGCCAGGACCCCAGAUUUUGAGCCUCAAAAUGUCUCUUCAGAAACUGAAGUUACGCAUAGGACUUCUUUUCUUUGUACUCACUCAGUCAUUGAUGCCUACAUACAAGAAAAAAGACAGCAAGAACCUGUUCUCACCACUUGAAUCACCUUGAAUAUAUAUCAUUUUAUAUGUUCCGCAUCGAGGAACCAGUUGAGGUGGCUCGGGCAUCUCGUGAGGAUGCCUCCUGGACGUCUCCCUGGUAAGAUGUUCCGGGCAUGUCCCCCCGGGAGGCGGCCCCAGGGAAGACCCAGGACAUGCUGGAGGGACUAUGUCUCUCGGCUGGCCUGGGAACGCCUUGGGGUCCCCCUGGGAGAGCUGGACGAAGUGGACGGGGAGAGGGAAGUCUGGGCUUCCCUGCUGAAGCGGCUGCCCCCGCGACGCGAUAAUGGAUAAAGCGGGAGAAGACGAGACAAGAUGACGAGACGAGACCAAAUUAUACAAAGAGUUGAGGUCACAGAUGGUGGAGACCAAAAUCAGAGCAAAAAAAUUGCAAAUUUUUGACUCGCAUUCAGAACCACAACUCCAAAUGGCUUAAAGAUGAUAAUGUGUGAGUGUUUACAGCUUUAAAAAAAUAUGUUUUACAAGAUCUAUUGUACACGACUCCAUUCCUAAGUGCCUACUGGUUGUGUUUGUUCUGGAAACAAAAAAAAAACAUAAUAAAAAGGCUAAAAAUGCUGUACAAGUUUGUUUUUAAGGUUACUCUAGGUUCCUUAAAGUUAACGAGUACGUGCUAAAUAUGUUAGUGGUGUAUUUCAGGGGGUGGUAAUGUGAGGAAUUUCUUGUGCACUUCAGGUAUCUCUUAUGUUAUGGCUCCCACAUGCCAGCCAUUCAUGAAUACACUGUUCUCACUGAGGUGAUUUAGAUCGAGUUCUGGUGAGAUCUUCUACGUGAUGCAGUUAAACUAAACUAGAAGGUAAAUUUUUUUUUGAUCAUUUGCAUAUUUGGAAUCUUAAGCAGCAGAAACUAAUCUCGUUAAUACAUACACUCUCUUUGACCUCCGACCUCUCUGUGAUUGAUCUCCCAUUGGCAGCAGCAUGAGGACUACCACAGGAAAUGCUCCCUGCAGAGAAUGGGCCGGCCCUGUCCUAAUGUGGGCCGUGACCCUUAACCUGCCGUGUGAGUUGAUUGGCAGCUGAGCAAGGACAAACAGCAACGCUGGUUACUGCCGUGGAGCCGUUUCACGUUACUGCGACUCUUGUUUUCUUUUUUAUAAAAGUGCUAAAUCUAUUUUCUUAUCCAACUCCUGUCAAAAAGCGAAUUUUAAUGUCCUUUAAUGAUGAAUGAAUGUGCGUUAAUGACCAAACUGAACAAGUAGGAGGCGCCAAAACGUGUAUAGUGUGAGUUGUUUAUUAGUUGAGAUCACACACACACACACACUUCUCUGGAUCGCCUUAACUUCUGGUAAUUGGCACAGGUUGUAUGGUUUCACCUAAUUUUACUUGUGCGCUCGGUUGCAGGAUUCAGGAUUUAGCUAUUAUCUCCCAUCAUAUUAUGUCAUAUCGUCUCGUAUAGUUUUGCCCUGUUAUGCCAAAUAAAGUUGUCUGUUAUCUUUCUGCUAAUAAACACUGUUGGACAGUGGUUGCUACAUGGGCCUUGAGCUGGGAUUGUUUUUAUCAAACUACUGUUUCUUUGGCCCAGAAUCAACUUCGAUGCUGAAUUAAUUUUCAGAUUUUGGUCUGUUUUCUUACUGAAUUAUUGAUCUCCCAUAUGGCCUGCCUGGGGCUGACUGUGUGAUGCCACACACAUGCUUAAAUUUUAAAAAUCGGCAUAAUUUUUGUUGUUUGUUUGUUUAAGAAUACGUUUCUAAUUUUAUCUGUAUGCCCCGUGUGUGUGUAUACGUGCUUCAAAAUAAACCACGACCUACCA